CUCCUCUUUCGCUUCUUAUUUUCACAUUUGUUUGUAUAUUUCCUUAUCAAAUCAUGCCUGGUCAAAAAGUAAACGUUGGUGUUGUCGGUUUUGGCUUUGCGUCGCGUACGUUCCACUGCCCAUUGAUUGUAUCUUCACCCCAUCUCAAGCUCACUGCUGUUGUUGAGCGCCACAGCGACAACAGCAAAAAGGUGUAUCCCGGCGUCACUGUCGCCAAGAGCACAGACGAGCUCUUUGCCAUGGAUAACAUUGAUCUAAUCGUCAUCACAACCCCCAACGACUCGCAUUAUCCUCUCGCCAAGCAGGCUAUGGAGAAGGGAAAGCACGUCGUCGUCGAAAAGCCCUUCACUAUCACAUCACAAGAAGCCGGCGAGCUCGCCCAGAUAGCCGAAAAAACUGGAAAGAUCUGCAGUGUAUAUCAAAAUCGUAGAUGGGACGGUGACUUUUUGACUGUAAAGAAGUUGGUUGAUAACGGACACUUGGGUCGUCUCGUCGAAUUCGAAUCCCACUUUGACCGUUUCCGCAACUUUGUCAAGGCUGGAUGGCGUGAGAAGGAUGACCAGCCCGGUUCUGGUAUGCUCUACGAUUUGGGUGCCCAUCUCAUCGACCAGGCCCUGUCCUUGUUCGGCCUUCCUACUGGUCUCUUUGCUACCAUCGGUAACCAGCGUCAGCUCAAGGAAUCCAGCGUCGUCGACGAUUUCACCAUCAUCCUCAAGUAUCCCAACGAUUUCAACGUGAUCUUGCGAUCAAGCAUGCUUGCUCGCCAAACGCCUGUCUUACGCUACUCGCUUCGUGGUAUGGACGGAUCUUAUGUCAAGCAUUAUCUGGAUGUGCAGGAGGAUCAACUUAAAGCCGGUUUGCUGCCUAGCAGUGCUGGAUAUGGUGUUGAGUCUUCUGAACGUUGGGGUACCAUCAACUCGGAUAUCAACGGCGUGCACGUCGUCGGUCAAGUGGAAACGCAAAACGGCGAUUAUUUGUCAUUCUACAACAAUGUUGGCGAAUCAAUUCUUAAGAACGACCCUAGCCAUUUGGCUGUCAAGCCUCAACAUGGCGUCAACUGCAUUCGAGUUAUUGAAUUAGCAAAGCAGAGCUCUGAUGAAGGCCGUGUGAUUAACUUGUAAAAAUAGUAAAAUAAAAGGCAUAAUGUAUUACAAACAGCGUAGGAAGUUGAGUUUUAACAAAUUUGCUGUUGGAAGAAGCCAG